AACCGAAUUCACGAAUCGUUGGUUUUGACAGGAAUAACAAUAUUUAUACAUAUAUAUAUAUUUUUAAAAAACAAGCAGGACUGAAGGAUUAAAAACACUCCACACCACGGUAAAAGGUCAAGUUUGAAUUUCCUCCAACACUUCGUCGUACUUCUCAGUUGUAAGAAAUGGAAAACGGGAAUUCAGACAUGUCUGAUGAAUCGGAGACGCUGUGGGAGAAGGUGGAGAGCAAACGCCAAGAGCUGUGUCGCACCAUCUCUCCAGCCAAGCUCACUCCCUACCUGCGUCAGUGCAAAGCCCUGGACGAACAGGACGAGGACGAGAUCCUGAACUCCAUGCUGCUGACGUCCAAGGCAAACCGCACAAGCCGACUCCUCGACAUCCUCCGCACUAAAGGGGACCUAGGUUACGUGGCCUUUCUGGAGAGUCUGGAGUUUUACUACCCUGAACUCUACAAGCUCGUGACAGGGAAAGAUCCAACGCGGCGCUUCUCCACCAUCGUGGAGGAGGGUCACGAAGGUCUGACCCAGUUCCUGAUGAAUGAGGUUGUGAAACUCCAGCAGCAGAAUAAAGUCAAGACUCUGCAGCACGUGGAGCUCGGCAGACAGAACCGCACGCUGGAGGAUCAGCACAAGAAGCUGCAACUGGCCAAUCAGGAGCUGCAGGCCUUCCAACAGAGAUACAAUAAGCUGAGAGAAGAGAGGAACAGCUACAGCGACGAGCUGCUGAGAGUCAAAGAUGAAAACUACAAACUGGCCUUGAGGUACGCCUCGCUGAGCGAGGAGAAGAACAUGGCCGCCAUGAGGAGCCGAGACCUGCAGUUAGAGAUCGAUCAGCUGAAGCACACGCUGAACAAGAUGGAGGAGGAGUGUAAGAUGGAGAGGAAGCAGAGUCUGAAGCUGAAGAACGACAUCGAGAACCGGCCUAAGAUGGAACAGAUCUACGAGCUGGAGAGGGAGAACAAGAUGCUCAAGAUCAAGCUUCAGGAGCUGCAGUCCAGCACACAGCCUGGCCCUCUGCCUGAGUCAGACAAGGCUAUUCUUGAAAUUUUGGCGCAGGACAGACAGGAAGCCCUGGACGACAGGCAGACUCUGGUGAACCGUCUUUACAACCUGCAGGAGGAAGUCCGACAAGCAGAAGAGCUGCGAGAUAAGUACCUGGAUGGGAAGGAGGACCUGGAGCUGAAGUGCUCUACACUGCAGAAGGACUGUGAGAUGUAUCGCAACCGCAUGGACACCAUGAUCAUACAGCUGGAGGAAGUGGAGAAAGAGAGGGAUCAGGCCUAUCGCAGCAGAGACGAGGCCCAGCACCAGUUCUCACAGAGUCUCAUCGACAAAGACAAAUAUCGUAAACAGAUCAGAGAGAUGGAAGAGAAGAGCGAUGAACUCCAAAUCGAGAUCGUACGCAAAGAGGCCAAGCUAGUCACCCUGGAGUCACGUCUACGACGCAUUUCCAAGGACCAGGGUUGGGAGCUGACUCUGCCCAGGGACCUGCCCCCGAUGGUUAUUUCUCAGUGUGUGAACUGGAAACACGGCCAUGGCCAAUCAGAGUGGUCCAGUGAUGAAUCACCAGAGGAGAGGACUGAGAAGCCGCGCCUCACACGAAGAACUAACCUAAAAGUCGGGUUGAAGACCAAGUCAAAAGAAAAACAUGGUAACGCAGACGCCCCUCGACUAUCAGUAUCAAUGAACAGAGGAGACUUUUUGGAGAUCCAGAAACCAAACCAGCACCUCAGUUACAGAUCCCUGCCCUCUUCUCCAACUUACCCCCACUCUUCAGCGCCCCUGCUCCCUACUCCACACUGUGCCUUCACGCUGCCACAUUCCUUCAUGGAGCAGAGCAGCAGACCAAAUAUGCCUCGUAACCGCACCAACAGCAUCUUGUCCAUUGUUCCCGAACCACCUGAAAUAGGCUCGCUGUACCGCAGAGAGCGGGAAAAGGAGGACGACUUCCACCCCCGCAGCCUCAUGGACUCUGACAGUGACAACAUGGAGGUGGAUUAUGAGGACGAGAUGCAGCGUGGACCUCCGUCGGUCAACUCGUCUUCCUCUUCCUAUCAGUCUGAGGGAAUGGACACUUAUGACCUAGAGCAGGUCAAUAACCUCUUCAGGAAACUAUCUUUGGAAAGGCCGUUCCGUCCGUCUCUGUCCUCCUUCUCAAGAGUCAGCUCCUCUCUGAAACCGGUGCAGGAAGUGUCGUUAAAAGGUGACAACCUUCUGAAGGACAUCACCCUGGUUGGUGGCAAUGAGAGCGGGAUUUUUAUCUCAGCUGUGCAGCCUGGGUCCAACGCUGAGAGGGCGGGGCUUCGAGAGGGUCACCACCUCCUGCUGCUGGAGGGGUGCAUACGAGAUAAGAGCCUGAGCAUUUCAUUGGACACCAGCACUCAGGAAGAAGCACACUGGGCCCUGCAGCGCUGCUCCGGACCAGUGUGUCUACACUAUCGAGCCAAUUACGACUCGUACCGACGUCUUCAGAGGGACCUGGCCAAUGGCACUCUUGCUUCUGGGGAUUCCUUCUACAUACGCGUCAACCUCGACAUCUCGGGCCAAUCGGACAGCUGUACCAUGAGCGUGCACUGUGACGAGGUGGUGCACGUCUUAGACACGAGGCACCAGGGCCGCGGCGAAUGGCUGUGCACCCGCGUCGACCCGUACACGGGCUCCGACCAGGCUGAACGUGGGACUUUACCCUGCAACUCCAGGGCCCAGCAGUUGUUCUUGGUGAAAAUUCAGAAGUUAGUGUAUCGAGGAGGAAAAGACGACGGAAACCACCGCAACAGCAGGAGCAAUUUGCAGCCGGAGGAAUCCAGCCCCAUCGCUGACUCCAAGGCCAGCCCGCGCUUGUCCAGAGCCAGCAUCUUCCUCACUCAGAUAAUCCAGUUCCUCAGCAGGGUGGACACCAAGUACAAGCGAAUGAACAGCAACGAGCGGGUGAGGCUCAUUAACUCAGGCAGCGCGACUUUACCCAAACAAGGCUUUGACACGUUAAGACCAGAAGAUGCUGCAGACUCUGACACUGAGCUGAGCCGGAGUUUGAACCUGAUUCCCUACAGCCCCGUCACUCCCCAGAGGACCCAGAGAAAAAGACCUGUCCUCUUCACCCCCACAGCUCUGGCCAAAACCAUUAUCCAGAAAAUUCUGAAUAUGGGCGCGGCCAUGGAUUUUGACAUUGGAAAACCAGAUACCUUGUCCAAAGAGAAGUUUUACCUACAGCAGAACGUGGAGCCAUUUAUUCACUACAAGGAGAAACAGGCGACCUUUGAAUGCAUCACCAGAGAAAACAUCGAGGCUGUCGCUGCCAAGGGCAAACACUGUCUGCUGGAGGCUGAGCUGAACUGCGUCAAAGACCUGCUGCGGAGAGAAGUCUACCCCAUUAUCAUCAAUGUCAAGAUCUGUGAGAAAAAUGUCAAGAAGUUACGGAAGUUGUCUCUGCGCUUUGACUCAGAAGAGGAGUUUCUCAGGUCAUGCCGGGCCAAAGAGAAGGAGCUGGAAGGCAUUCCCUGUCUGUAUGCCAGCCUGGAGCCUGAAGCGUGGGCCGGGCCGGACGACCUGAUCAGGGUCAUCAAGGACAGAAUACUGGACGAGCAGAAGAAGACGGUGUGGGUGGAGCAGGAUCUUCUGUAGGCGACCACGCAGAUGCACGUGACAACAAACUGAACAUGAACAUUAACAUGUGUAGCACAGCACACUUAUGAAGUUGUACAUCAAGUGAAUAGAUUAAGCUUGGAAUAAAUACUUUAUAUAUUUU